GAGUUGCUAAGCCAAAAUUAGAAUUUUUAUUGUAACAUUAAAAACAAUAGAAUAACGACGCAAAAAGUACAAAAUAAUGUCUUCGACUUGCAAAAUUUACAAUGGCAAAUAUUAUUAAUCUAUAUUUUAGCUAUACCAUGCAACCAUCUUACAAAAAAGAGCGCUUUGGAAUCAGUUGAUCUCAGCUGUUGGCAUUUUUUGACGACUUACGAGUAUUUGCACUUACGAAUUUGUACAAUAGUUAAGGCACUCUUCCACACUCACUUGUGAUUAUCAAACAUAUCUAAGCAGCUGAUUUCACUGUACGUCAAUAUUAUUGAAGAUGUGUCAAACAAUUUCGUUAACGCAUUUAAACAAAUGUAGACGGAGUGCUCGAGGAGCAACGUAAUUUUAAAACACGGCAAAAUGAGCAGCGAAGACCUAACAGACAUCGUCAUUGAAGCACUUGAGGUGUUUCUGAAUCACAUUCUUUAUGUCCGUAAUCUAUAUCCGGAGCAAAUUUUCAAAAAACGACGCGUAUACAAUGCACCCGUUUAUGUUUCCAUCUUUCCGCCACUUAAUGCCUACAUUCAUGGCGUCCUCCGUGCAGCGCGUGAACUACAGCAACGGGGAGAGUUGCAAAGUGUCCUGCUACAGUUCUACCAUGACGAAUUGCCACUGAACGAGUGUUUCACGUUCGAAAUCAAAAAAUUUCAGCCCCCUGCAGAGGCUCAAGGGAUAGAGGAAGCGCAGUCAACAUUGUUAUGGGAUGAUAAAUUCUUCAUCGAUUUCGAACAGCAACUGCGUAAUUCACUUUAUAAAUUAGUUGAGCGCUUAAACCUAUUAGCAAAGCUGCCAAAGGGUGCAAAAUUUAAAGUUGCGCUUAAUACGACGCAGGAGGCUUUUGUAAAGUUCAGCCAUAGUUCAGCAAACCAGGGUUUUCCUUGGCUUUGCGAUGGCUUAAAACAGGAAGCAGGAAAGCGUGUAAUAUCCCUGCUACCUCUUACCCGUUUGGACAGCAUUGGAUUAAAGCUUAAUGUGGAAUUAUCUUAAACACAUUUAACUACUUAACGGCCGCCGUGGCCGAAUGAGUUUGUGCGUGACUACCAUUCGGAAUUCAGAAAGAGAACGUCGGUUCGAAUCUCGCUGAAAUAUCAAAAUUAAGAAAAAGUUUUUUUCUAAUGGCGGUCGCCCCUCGGCAGGCAAUGGCAAACUUCCGAGUGUAUUUCUGCCAUUAAAAAGCUUCUCAUAAAAAAUAUCUGCCGUUCGGAGUCGGCUUAAAACUGUAGGUCCCUCCAUUUGUGGAACAACAUCAAGACGCACACCACAAAUAGGAGGAGGAGCUCGGCCAAACACCCAAAGAGGGUGUACGCGCCAAUUAUAUAUAUAUAUAAAUACAUUUAACUAUUUUAAGCAAACGAUUGCAUAUUCUACUUUUAGGGAGUUAUAUUAUAGCAGUAUUUUAUUUGGUUAGACA